UGCUUGAUUUCUCGUGUUCGCAUUACUAACCCCAUAAAAGCAAUCAACAUGAAUAUAAUUGUUUUCUUGUAUCUCGCUUUGUUCGGCAACAUGGUGUUGGCUAGUCAUUUUGCCGAGGAUCAUGGUAGUUCAACAUAUGAAGAGAAAACAAAAACUGUGGAAAUUCCAAUUAUUAAGAAAUUUGCUAUACCUAUUCCGCAUCCUGUGCCUAUUGAAGUGCCUAAGGAAAUUAAAAUACCAGUGCCUCAACCAUAUAAGGUGCCAAUCGAAAUCCCUCACCCGUACCCAGUGGAAGUCAUUAAACACGUCGAGAUACCUAUUGAAAAACCAGAGCCUUUUGUUAUCGAAAAGCAUGUUCCUUAUGUUGUGGAAAAGCCGUAUCCCGUUUACGUGGAGAAGAAAUUCCCCGUGCCAGUGGCGAAACCAUAUCCUGUUCAUAUCCCAAUCUACAAACACGUGGUUCAUUAUUCGUCUUCCAAGGGUAAAGGGUGGAAAUAGAAUUCACGGAUAUUACGUAUUAUCUUAUUAUCGCGUUCCAUCAAAAAAUCCAUUGUACGGAAAAAUUCUUCUCGAUUUCAGCCAGUUCAACGAUUGUAUUAAUG